AUGAAUUACACCUGGGAUAUACACGAUGCCUUCCCCCCCAGGAAGCUUCGCUCGGACCCUUCCAGGAAUCUGACCCAGGACUUUCGUACCCCCAGCUGGUCCAGGGGAUCUGCCUCUUCGGUCAAGCACAGCAGCCUGUCUGUCAGCCGGGGCUACAGCUCCCCUGCUCUCAGAUCCACAGACAGUGUGCAGUUCUACCAGUCCGGAGUUUUCAAUGGCGAGACUAAAGCCAAUGAGAAGGAGCUGCUGCAGGGGCUGAAUGACCGCUUCGCCAGCUUCAUCGACAAGGUCCGUCAGCUGGAACACAGCAACAAGGCUCUGGAGGCAGAGAUCACCGAGAUAAGGGCAAGCCAAACCUCCCAGUCUGACCUCGCUCAUGUCUAUGAGCCAGAAAUGACCGAGCUCCGGAACCUCAUCCAGGAAAGUGAGAGGCAGAAGCUGGGUUUCCACUUGGACCGGGAUCACCUGGAGGAAGAUCUCCGCCGGUUGCAGAGGAAAUACGAGGAAGAGAGACAGGUCCGACAAGAGGCUGAAGCCACUCUCCAGGCUCUGAAGAAAGACACAGAGAGUGUGCUCCUGACUAAACUGGAGCUGGAGAAGAAAGCCCAGGCGCUGGCGGAUGAGAUCGAGUUCCUGAAGAGCAACCACGAGGAAGAGGUGGCCGAUCUCUUCUCUCAGAUCCAAGCCUCCCAGGUCGGGCUGGAGAUGAAGGAUUUCCUGAAGCCGGACCUGACUGGGGCCCUGAGAGAGAUCCGGGCGCAGCUGCAGGGCUACGCCAGUGUCAACCUGCAGCAGGCGGAGCAGUGGUUCACAGCGAGAGUCGCCAAGCUCAAUGAUGCAGCAGCCAGCAACAGGGAGACUCUGCAGAAGACCCGGCAGGAGAUCAGUGAGUACAACCGCCAGCUCCAGUCCAAGAACCUGCAGCUGGAGACAGUCAGAGGGAGGAAGGAGUCUUUGGAGAAACAGCUGGAUGAGGUUGGAAGCAGACACCGCGCUGAAUUAAUGCGGUACCAGGACACCGUUCAACAAUUAGAGAACGAGCUGAGACACACCAAACAGGAGAUGGCUCAUCAACUCAGGGAGUAUCAAGAUCUGCUCAACGUCAAACUGGCCCUAGAUGUGGAGAUCACCUCCUACAGGAAACUCCUUGAAGGUGAAGAAACAAGAUUUGGUGGCUUUGAUUCCCUGUCACUUUCUUACAAACCACAGCCUUUAAUAAGUGCAACCUCAGUGAUAACUGAGACCAAAGCCACCCCUACAAAGGUGAUGCCUCAGUAUAGGUUUGUAGAAGAAAUUAUCAGUGCAACGACAAAGGAAGUUGAUAUGGCAGAGCUGGAAGCUCCUGAAAAGGAAGAAGAGGCUGUAGAGAAAGAAGAGGCUGAGGAGGAGGAGAAAGCAGAAGAGGAAGAGGCUGCUGAAUCCCAAGAGGCGGAAGAGGAGAAGGAAGAAGAGAAGGUAGAAGAAGAGGAGAAGGCACCAGAGAAGAAGGAAGAAGAGAAAGCUGAAGAAGAGGAGGCUGCUGAACCUCAAGAGGUGGAAGAGGGAAAGGCAGAGGAGGAGAAGGUAGAAGAGAAAGCUGAAGAGGAGGCUGCUGAACCUCAAGAAGCAGAAGAGGAGAUGGAGGAAGAGAAGGUGGAAGUGGAGGAAGAGAAGGUGGAGGAAGAGAAGGUGGAAGAAGAGGAGGAGAAGGUGGAGGAAGAGAAGGUGGAAGAGGAGAAAGCAGAAGAGAAAAAGGAAGAAGAGAAAGCUGAGGGGGAGGGAGCUGCUGAACCUGAAGAGGAGAAGGAAGAAGAAAAGGAGAAGGAAACUGCUGAGUCACAAGCGGCUGAAGAGAAGGCAGUUCCGGAAUCAGAAGAGGAAAAAGAUGAAGAGAAGGAUGUUCCUAAAUUAGAAAAGGAGAAGGAUGAAGAGAAGGAGGUUCCUAAAUCCGAAGAGGCUGAAAAGGAUGAAGAGAAGGUGGAAGAACAAAAGUCUAAGGAAGAAAAGGCUGGAGAAAAAGAAACUGUCCAACCUAAAGAGGCUGAAGAGAAAAAGGAUAAAGAGGUCAAAAAAGCUGAAUCACCAGAAGCUGAAGGUAAACCAGUUGUAGAAAAGGAGAAGGCUGAAGAGAAGGAAGUUCUUAAAUCAGAAGAGGCUGCCGAAAAGAAAGCAGCUGAACCAAAGGGGACCUCCGAGGAGAAGGCUGCUGAUGCAAAGGUCGAGGAUAAGAAACAAGAUGUGGCCGAGGGAAAAGAAAAGGGGGAAGAGUUAAAAACCACUGGAACAAAAGAAAAGGUUGAAAAGGAAGUUGCUGAGAAAACAGAAACUGGCACUGCAGAGAAGGAGCCAAAAUAA